AUGUCAGCAGAUCCUUUCAUGAUCAUUAAGAAGGUAAAGAAGAGCAGUAACAGCGAGAACAAUCAGAGAAGGUUUAGCGACGAGCAGAUCAAAUCACUGGAGAUGAUGUUCGUGUCUGAGACGAGGCUUGAGCCAAGGAAGAAGGUUCAAUUAGCAAGAGAGCUUAGCUUGCAUCCUAGGCAAGUGGCUAUAUGGUUUCAGAACAAGAGGGCUCGUUGGAAGUCGAAGCAGCUAGAGACAGAGUUCAAUAUUCUCAGACAAAACUACAACGACUUGGCUUCUCAGUUUGAGUCACUCAAGAAAGAAAAUCAAGCUUUAGUCUCUGAG